AUGAUGGUUUGCCGGCUGAUUUGUCUUCAAGGGGGUAGCAGCAACCUGGGGAUGGCUUGCGAGCAACAGAUGGAUGAAUCAAAGGCAGAAUUGGAUGAAAGGGCUGCCAGAGCCCCACAUUUGGCCACUACGGCUGGGCCUGUAGACUAUGAGGUGGUUGUUCCAACCUACCGCCGUUGGAGGUCAACCCAAGAGGUAACCAAGAAAAAACGCUUCAAAGACUCGAAUCAGCCCUUCAUAUUGGAUCACACGCUGGGUUUCCUUUCCAGGGAAGAUGUACCCAAAGAGCGGGUCACACUUUUUGUCGCGAACGAGGGGGAGGAGAAAGAGUACAGAAAGGCUCUUGAGGGAUCCGCGUGGGCGAAUGUACGGAUUCAGAUAUCGAUGCCUGGAGUCCGCGACAGCCGCAAUUUUAUCUACAAAUUUUUUCCGGCAGAUACCUAUGUGGUAAGUUUAGAUGAUGACAUGGAAGGGAUCAAGUGGAAAAUUCGAGAGGGCAGCGACACAUCGUCAUGCAUUGACCUACCUCGAGGACAUUUCUUGAAGAUCGUACGUGAUGCGUACCAGCGCAUGAAGGAAACGGGUGCUUUCUUGUGGGGGCUCAGCACUUCUCAAAAUCCACGUUUUCUUGUCAUGGACGACGUCUCGAUGCGGAAUGGGCUGGUCAAUGGGUAUUUACACGGUUUCAUUUGCCGCCCGGAUGCCGCACCCGACCUGCUGCGGCGACUCCCAGAUGCCGUUGAGGAUGCGGAGUUCUCAGUGAGGCACUUUGCGAAGGACAAAGUUGUGUUGCGCUACAGGAUGUAUGCAGGUGUGACGUCUCCUUAUACGAACGGUGGCGGCCUACAAAGCAAGUUCCAUGUGGGAGGCUCCAUCCGCAAAUCUGAGGAGUGGUGCGGUGCGCAGCAGCUUCACGAACUCUUCCCUACUUUGAUUGCAGCCCCUAGUGAAGGCGACAAGUGCCGUCAGAAUGCCACAGAGGUUCGCUUCAUCAGCCAGACGGGGCUCGGAGUAAAAGCGCGGAAGUUUGCCGUUCGUCGUCUUAAAGGACUCUGCAGGUUUAUGAUCCCUCAACUAAAGGGGAAGGAAAAGAGAAAGACCGCGUUGGCGGCUUUGGCACGGCUAAAGGCUUUCGCAGUGAGAAAACAGAAGAAACAGCUCCCGGCAUUGAAGAAAGUGCCAGAGGCAUCAGGCAGCAGGAAACUGUCGGGACAGGCUGUUCCGCAAGCUGAACGUCCGCUAUUGUUGCUUGGAGAGGACAAGAUUCGCUUUGCACCAAACCCAAAGAAAAAGGGCACAGAUGCGCACCGCCGUUAUGCAAAGUACAGCCGUGCAAAGAAAGUCAGUGAACUUACCGCCCUGGGCUGCAAGAUGCGUAGCUGGAAAAGGAAGUCCAUGUUUGUUCACGCGCAGUCGAAUGAAUUCUUUCACCCGUCCACCUUCGGUCACCAAGGAACAUUGACUUUCGCUACGAUCUAA